AUGGAAAUCCGAGUCAUAGGAAAAGUGAUGGAAAGGGAGCUGAAAGGAGACAAUCGACUGAUUUAUUAUUACAGUUGUCGUCAUCGGCGGCACAACAGCCGUCACCAACACAUCCCAUAUCUCGCUAUCGAUUUGACAUGGAGCGAUGAAUGGCUGGAGAAUUGGCACCAAUUCGACCGAAUCUGUCAGUACUCACCACAAGAGAUACAACUAAUCCAGUGUUUAGACGACGUGGAAGGGGUCUGUGAGUCGGGCUGUCAGGCACUGGAGUUUUGCGAGUCAUUCAACAACAGACCCAAUCAGUUGUACCGCAAAUGUGACGCCAAAUCAGAUUUGGAGGCGAAGGAGGACUUCGAGUCGUGGAUGAGAGGAGUGAUUCACUUCAAUAUUAUUGAGAUACCGGUGAAGAAUGUGGCCAAUUGUUACCCACAGUUCUGGAAACUCAUUGCCUGUAGUAUUCAUGUGAAGCCAUGUCUUCAAGAUAAUCACUUCAACAAUAUUUGCCGGUCUUCGUGUAUAGACAUCAUAAGUGAAUGUAUUGACUCGAAUCGUAUUCCUUCGACAUUACUGUCCGCUCAGACUAUAUGUGAUAUGAUAUCGACAAACAAUUCCGUCAAUUGUAUUGAUAUCAAGACUUUUUUUAAUGAAAAUCAAAAUAUGAUUGACAUGAACAGCGAGAGGACAGAUGUGCUCAUAAAUCCUUGUAAUCCUAAUCCCUGUUCAUCUAAUCAGAUAUGUUUAGUCAAUAAUAAUUGUCUAUCCAGUCAUUGUUUGCCGUUUAGAUGUGUCAGCGCCUGUCGUUUGGGCGAAAUAUCACCUUUUUUGGUGAUGUUCGGCACAGUAGUUAAGUUGUUAGAUGUGGUGGAUGAGUGCCACCAUCUGUGCAAAUGUGGACCAAAGGGGCAUCUCAUUGAUUGUCAUAAAGUUUGUGACAAAAACUUCCGUAAAGAUUGUGAAGUGAAUCAGAAAAAUAUCACUCAUUUAACACAAAUGACAACUAAUAGCAAACAAUGUGUUUGUUUUAAUACGAGAAUACAAUGUGUUGACAGUGGAUGUAUUAGUGAUUGUCUUCAAGACUAUCGACCUGUUUGUGCUAUCAACGGCCAGACAUUUCCCAAUCAAUGUUAUGCCAAAUGCAACGGAUUUUCUGAUGAGGAAUAUGUAUCAGAAAGAUGUGAAUCAAUAGUGGAUUGCGUUAAAUGCACUGAAAAUCAAAGAUGUAUAAAGAAAAGUCAAGUGUGUCUCACAUUAGACCAGUGCCCACAAUAUGAAUGUAUAUCCGAUCCGAUCGAUUGCCAACUUUUUGGCACAAACCCUGUCUGCGAUACUAAUGGUCUGAAUCAUCAGAACUUGUGUUGGCUUUUGAAGAAACGACAAAAGUUUGCUUAUUAUGGAAAAUGUCUGAUAUACAUUUUAUUGCUCCCAUUCCGGACCCGUGUGUGCAAUGAAUGGCAUAACGUAUGCCUCGGAAUGUGUUUCGCUCUCACAUGCCGUUCCAGUGGACUACUAUUCAAACUGCAAUCACACCCACUCUUGCCAUAA